UGAAUCAGAGAAGAUGUCGGGGUUUUUCCAAACGACGGCGAGAAACCGAAAUGCUCAUAGCGAACUCUCUCUCUCCUUCAUCCCUACUCAGAUACUCAACCCUCAUCUCCUUCUUCUCCAAAUCCCCAUCAUCCCAUCAUCAUGCCCCUAUCUCUCUACCCAUCAUCUUCCAUCUCAAAACCCUCUCCAUGACCAAUACCAUCCCAUCCCAUCAUCAUCAUCAUCGUCAUCAUCAUGACCAUCAUCAUCAUCAACAACAGCAACGACAUCAUCUCUCCUCAUCUGUUGCAGCUACCACACCAAUACACCAAACACCUACAACAACGCCCACAACGAAGUCGAAGAAGAAAGCCCGCCGAGAAUCCCCCGAAGGCAUCCUCCGCCACAGCCUCGACAUGUGCUCCAAGCGCGGAGACCUUCUAGAAGCUCUCCGCCUCUACGACGACGCUCGUUCCAGAGGAAUCCUUCUCUCCCAACACCACUAUAACGUCCUCCUCUAUCUCUGCUCUUCUUCUUCUUCGAAAGAAUCCGACGGCUGUGAUGGCACUGAUUUGGGCCUCAAGCGGGGUUUUGAGAUCUUCCGCCAGAUGGGCGCCGACGAUAUACCCCCGAACGAGGCUACAUUUACCAGUGUGGCCCGGCUGGCCGCGGCUAUGGAAGAUCCGGAAUUGGCUUUUGAUUUGGUGAAGAAGAUGGCUGGGCACGACAUCCCGCCGCGGCUGCGGUCGUAUGGGCCUGCGCUUUUUGGGUUCUGUAGUAAGGGGAUGGCGGAUGAGGCUUAUGAGGUUGAUGCCCAUAUGGCGGCUUCUGGGGUGUCAGCGGAGGAGCCGGAGCUUGCUGCACUGCUGCAGUUGAGUGGGAAUGCAGCGAGGGGGGAUAGGGUGUACCAGCUGCUGCAUCGGUUGCGGGCCACAGUGAGGCGGGUGUCGGAGUCGACGGCUGAGAUUGCUGAAGGGUGGUUUGGGUCGGAUGCGGCAGCGGAGGUUGGGGUGGAAGGAUGGGAUGUGGAGAAGGUGAAGGAAGGGGUGGUGAAGGGCGGGGGUGGAUGGCAUGGGCAGGGGUGGUUGGGGAAAGGGAAAUGGAAGGUUGCGAGGAGCCGGAUGGAUGAGAGCGGUGUAUGUGGGUGUUGUGGCGAGAAGCUUGUUUGCAUCGAUAUUGAUCCGUUGGAGACGGAGAAUUUCGCGAGCUCGUUGUCGAGCUUGGCUUGCCAGAGAGAGGUCAAGGCCGAUUUCACCAGCUUUCAGGAGUGGCUUUCCCGCCAUGGACCAUUUGAAGCUGUUAUAGAUGGUGCGAAUGUUGGUCUGUACAAUCAACACAAUUUCAGCUUUUUCCAGCUAAAUUCUGUUGUAAAUGGGAUACGUCAAAUGAGUCCGUCAAAGAAAUUGCCUCUUAUUGUUUUGCAUAGUCGGCGCGUGAAGGGUGGUCCUGCUGAGAAUCCAAGUAAUAAGAAACUGUUAGAAAGCUGGCGAAGGUCUGGUGUGCUCUACACUACCCCUUCCGGAUCAAAUGAUGACUGGUACUGGCUAUAUGCUGCUGUCAGUUGUAAAUGUUUGCUGGUUACGAAUGAUGAGAUGAGGGAUCAUUUGUUUGAACUGCUAGGAACUAGCUUUUUUCCGCGAUGGAAAGAAAAGCAUCAGGUGCGUCUAUUGAUAUCCAGAUGCAACCCCAUUUUUCAUUUGCCCCCACCAUAUUCAGUUGUUAUACAGGAGUCUGAACAGGGUAGUUGGCAUAUACCAAUCGCAACUGGCGACGACGUUGAAGAAACAAAUAGGCAGUGGGUAUGUGUGGCCAGGGUGCCUAUUCCUCCCCCCAUGCAAUCUCAAGUUCAUGUGGGACAAAAAAAGAUGUCUGGCUCACUGGGUUAGCUCCUAGGUGAGUGGAAUUUUGUUUCUUAAGGUCUUACCAAUGUCAUCUUUAAUGCUCCAUGAGUAAUGGGGUUUUUCCGGGGCCACCAUGUACUCCACUGUACGGCAGAAAGCUGCAUUGAGGUUAUGUAUCAUUUGGGGUUGAGACCUUGGCUGCCCAAUUGGACGACUCUUCUUCCUCUUCUUCUUUUUUAUUUUUAUUUUAAAUUAUUUUUUUAAUUUUUUAUUUUUAAGUCGUGAUUAUGCAUUGGAAUUUAGUGGCAGAAAUGACCAAUUUGUGGAGAGAUUUGGGUUUCCAUGUUGGGCAGAUUGUCGAUGAUUGUAUUCUUUUUAAUUUCUUGGUGUCAUUAGCACAUUCAAUGGAUGAAGCAUGAUAUGUUUCAUGUUGUAGGCUUAAGCAAAAUGACACGAGUUGUAUUUUUAGACAAUUGGCGUGUAAAAUGUUACUUAUUUACCGGUCAGUGAGCACAUGUAUUAAUCCAGACCAUUCAAUCUUCUGGUCAA